GCGGCUUCCAUAGUCUCAGGCCUCGAGGGCAUCCGCCCAGCUCAAGUGUCGUAAGGACACGCACACAGCCGUAUCAUGAAAAUUCCCCACAAGCUGCUCGAACGUGAGUAGCAUCGCAGUCUUCUGACGAAGAUCUGAUAGGGUGAACAUGGCGGAUAGUGGGGAUAAAUCCCAGGGCAUGCGCCCGCCACCCUUUGACAGCCGUGGUCACCCUCUCCCCCGACGUGCUUCCCCAGACAAAUCAAUAACACUUGAAAAUCACCGCCUUGCGCGAGAUGCUAGCAGCAGAGUUACUUCAUCUUCCGCACUGGGAGUGACCGAAUCCCAACCCCAACUCAGGAGCUCGCCCACCCGAAGGAAUUCGUCUGGAGAGAGUGAGCCCACGAAUUGGUUUAAUCAAUCCAAUCGUAACCCUGCCGCGGCCUUUCAUGACGAGAGCCACAUCAUGGAAGUCGAUCCUCCUUUUUAUCAAAAGGAGACUGACUCUUCCAACGAGGAAUCCAGGUAUCCGCCUGGACGAAACCCCGUACAUCCGCCCGGUGGUGUCCAGUUACCCGGGUUCCGCCCGGUUGCUGCGCACAGCAGCGCCGCCGAUGAUUACCGCAGUGUCAUUGACGACUUGACUGUCGAAAACAAGCGGCUGAAGGAGGAACUGAAGAGGUAUAAGCAAUUUGGUUCCGACGUGAUGAGGAAAGAGAAGUUGUUUGAGAUCAAGGUACAUGGCUUACCUAGAAGAAAGAAACGUGAGUUGGAGGCAACGCUCCGCGACUUUGCUGCCAGUCUCGGGGACUCGAGCGAAUCGACAUCGCAGAGGAGAAAGACUGGCAGACAUGGAACGGCCGUUCACUCGUCUGGGGUAUCGUUGUCGAAACACGAUUCGUCGUCAUCGUCGCGCAGUCGUCCUGUCGAUUCUGCAUACAACUCUAUGUCGACGGGCCGUAGCUCUCAUGCGCCCCACUCUUCCGGUCCGUCGCUCGGACGACCUUCGCUGACCAGGGCCAAAUCCGUCGGGACCCAAAAGGUAGAACACUAUCUCCGCGACACGCCCGAUGGCCUGCUUCCUCACCAUAUUGUCAUGACCGACAAGGAGAAGAAGAAGCUGGUUGUCCGACGCUUGGAGCAACUGUUCACCGGAAAGAUCAGUGGACGAAACAUGCAGCGCAACCAGUCGAUGCCGAGCAUGGAUGCACCACUCGCGCCGGAAGGAACCAACAUGGCUCCCCCUCGCCCCCCUCCGGAAGGAUUGCGCGAAGCUUGCAUCCAACUACAGGAUGGAGACAACCCGCAGAAGAACCGUUCCUCCAAAGACAAUGGUUCUGCAUCCAACUCGGGUGGCGAUCAAACCGAACUUGGCGGAACUGGGACUGGAAGUGGAGAUGGAAGUGGAAGCGGCGGUCGCACUGGUAACAACACCUCGCCCCCGGGAGCUAUUGCACCGGACCAACGACCAACCAGGCCCCGUGAUUUGGACCCUGAUCGAGUCCAGAUACCAUCCGAGAAUAUGGACUACAUCCGUCAUUUGGGCCUGGUAUCUCCCGAGUUCUUGCAGGGAAGCCGGACCAGCUAUCAAGAUGUCGCUCCGGAUGCGGAAGGCUGGGUGUAUCUCAAUCUGCUUUGCAACCUCGCCCAGCUGCACAUGGUGAACGUAACGCCGAGUUUUAUUCGCCAAGCCGUCUCCGAAAAGAGUACAAAGUUUCAGCUGUCUGCUGAUGGCCGGAAAAUUCGCUGGCGUGGCGGAACCGAUGGAACCAAGUUCAGCAGUGACAGCAGCGAGGACAAGUCCCAGAAAAGCCCUCUGACAGAAGAUACCGAGGACGGCUCGGAUAAGAAUGGUCGUAGAAAGAAGCGGAAGACGCAGCAGGCGACUUCAGAGAUUGGGAGGUUCGGUCCCUCAAGGUCUCCUUCGGACACCUUCCAUUACAAACCGAUGUUUGUACACCGCAAUUCAUCAUCGAUCGAGACCUCUUUGGAGGAGUCGAUGUCACAAGGCUCAGAGGAUGCUGUCGAUGAGAGCAACAUGGGUAACUCGAAGUGGGAUUUUAGCGGAUCGGGGACAACGCAACAACGGAGGAAGCGUCGAUAUGACGGCGCCAUCGUUUACUACACCGGCGCUCCGUUCUGCACCGAUCUUUCAGGAGACCCUGGCGAUAUGUCGCCAACAGUGCAAAUGACGGCCGGCCGCGAGGUCGAAGGAUCCGGAUCUGGUGAUGAAGUUGAACAUGUGCUGCACCGGACGUUGUCUGGAUCGUCUCUUCCCAUUAGGCCGCUCAGUGAUGAUCGGGCCCGCGUGGCCGAGGCGUUGGACUUUGACCCCGGAAACCCGCCUGAUCUCGUGGCCGACGACGGUUCCUCGCCCAAUGACGAGGAUUUCGUCUUCCCAUGGUGCGAGGAUCCUGCCAAGGUUCGAAUUCAGCCUAUUGCCAAAGAAGUCAUGGAACCCUCUGGUCUUGGUGGAGUACUUCCUGACGACCACUUUGUCAUGCUCGUCACCACUCGCCGCGUCAUCAGACCUAUCUUGCAGCGGCAGUUGUCACGCUCGACAACAUCGGAAGACACGGCUGAAUUCAUCGCCGAACGCUUGGCAGCGAUAAGAACGUCGUCGCCUCUGCCUCCUCGCAGUCACAGGCUGACUGUCGCGCCGUUACAGGUUGAAUACGUCUCUGGGCAAUUCCGACGGCUGAAUCCAGCCUCACUCCCUCCUCCGGCAAUAUUCUAUCCCCCGUUCAGUACCGAUUCCAGCUGGGACGAUGGCGAUGAUCUAGCUUCGGAUGAUGAAGAAGUGGAGGAGGUGGAGGAAGAUUCUUACUCUGAGGGGCAGAUCUCGCGCCGAGCAAAUCCUCAUUUCUCGGACAACAACACGUACAUGCGGAAGGACGAUUUGGCGUUUGAUACCGAGACUGAUGUGCGGAUGGACAGCGACGACAAUCGCAUGUCGGACAGCGGCCACAACAUGCGGUCGAUGAUGCCGCGGGCAGGAGCGGUGGAUGGGGACGACAGCCCAUUGGCAGCCGUCACCGGAAAAGAGGUGGACUUGCUGCACACUGGCAGCUCGGUUGCAACCGCUGGUGGGGCAGAGAGUGGCUAUAGUAGCUCGAUGGAGGACGUCUCAUCCUCGUGAGACCUGAGUGGGUAUUUUUCCUAUGUGAGAAGAAGACGCGGAGAGCAUACGAGAGCAAAAGGGACGCAUUGCGGCUGGUGUCAGGAAAUUAGGUACCGGUAUUCUCGAAUUUUUGGCUUUGGCGAGCAAGCGGGUUGUCUCGAGCGCGCGGUUCUUUGCUUUUGCCAUUUUUGGGGGAG